AUGGCUGCCGCGACAGAGCGCUAUAUACAUCUUGCGCGCCCGUUGGCCCACGCCAACGUUGGCAUCCAGACCAACAUUGCGCCCCUCAAUGUCAAUAUUCAGCCCGAGGCCAUCCUUUCGAUCCUCGAUCACGCCGUUCGCCGCGAUGUCCGUGACGGAGCUCAGCCCACGCGCGUCAUUGGUGCCCUAGUAGGCACCCGCUCCGAGGACGGCACCGAAGUCGAGGUCCGCUCGUGCUUUGCCAUCCCGCAUACCGAGGAGGAGGACCAGGUCGAGGUCGACGUCGAAUACCAAAAGAGCAUGCUCGCCCUCACGCUCAAGGCCUCGCCCCGCGAAUCGCUGCUCGGCUGGUACACGACCUCGCACGAGCUCAAUAGCUUCAGCGCCCUCAUCCAAAACUUCUUCGGCAGCCCCGACACCGGCACCUUUCCGCACCCGGCCGUCCACAUGACCAUCUCGACGGAGCCCGGCGAGGACAUUGAGACGCGCUGCUACAUCUCGGCCCCUGUCGCCGUCAACGCCGAGCGCGCCGCCGACAGCUGCCUCUUCAUCCAAGUGCCCCAUAAGAUGCUCUACGGCGACGCCGAGAAGAGCGCCCUCGAGGCCGUCGCCUCGGCCAAGGACGUCGAGUCCCGGACCGUCCCCCUGCCGUCCGACAUUGAGGGCCUCGGCCGCUCCAUCCAGCACACCAUUGGCCUCCUCGACCGCGUGAGCGAGUGGGUGAAUGGCGUCCUCGACGAGGACGAGGAGCCCAACAACGCCCUCGGCCAGUACCUCCUGAGCGCCCUGUCGCUCGCCCCCAAGGUCGACGCCGCCCAGAUUGAGCACGACUUCAACAACCACAUUCAGGACGUCCUGAUGGUCAGCUACCUCGCCAAUUCCAUCCGCACCCAGAUCGACCUCUCCCAGCGACUGGCCACGGCCAACCUCGUCGCCAUUGACAAGGACGGCGAGGGCAAGGCCGGUGAAGGCGAAAAGGGUAACCAGCGCGGUGGCGGCAACAAGCGCGGCGGCCGUGGUGGUGCCCGGGGAGGCGGCCAGCAGCGCGAGCAGCGCGAGCCCAGAGAACACAGGGAACCCAGGGAGCCCCGCGAGCCCCGCGAGCCUACGGAAUAG